GAACAUGGAUGUAAAAACAGGAUGUCCUUUUAAUGUCAGGAUAAAACUAUUCUCCUCAAACUAAUCUAAUGGGUCCAUAAGCACAUUUAUAUAACUGCGUGACGAGGGGCAUCAGCUAAACGGGAUACUGCGCGAACUGUAUUAGCUUACGUGGUAGUGAAGCUUGCCUGAGAUUUUAAACUCAGGGCAGCGGUGCCCUCAACUGACAAACCCCGCAGCCGGGUACAACAACAGCCUGCUGUCCUUUGACAGCUCGGUUGCCGACGUCAGGCUACUGUACGGACGACGUGUCAUCGACCAUUUAACUCUAUGACAGCCAGUUUACAGUGCAAGUGAACCAUUUGAUUUUUAGAAAAAGGUCAUGUUCAGCCACUUUUAUUUAUUGCGCUUUUAUGCUUUUUAGCUCACUAGCUAGCUCUGUUGACGGUGAACUAGUUAGCAACUUGUUAGCUGGCUAGCAACAGGGGUACUCCGGGCACUGGGAUGGCUAGCAGGUGUUAGCUACACACUCUCAAGUCAAUUUGGUAAAUAUUUUCCAUAUUUCAUUUCUUUUUUUACAUUUCUUGAUUUAGCAAGAAGUGUGCUGCCAGCCCUGUUUUUCAGUGUUUUGUGAUCGGUUAUGUUUUCUUGUCCUGGUUUAUUAAGGCUCAGUUGCAGCUAGCUGCCUCCAUUGUUUACAUGGAUACGGUCAGCUGAAGUGCACUGAGGGCAUGUGGUGAUCGUUACAAUACUGGAUCAACCACAGAAAAUCCACAGUGGACAUAUGGAAAUGGGGCUGGGAGGUAGCUAACGUCAGUAGACGUUAGCCAGAUCUCUACAGCCUACUCUCUACCUGAAUGAGGAUGAUCGGGGCUUUGAAGGAGGACUGCUGGACUGUUUGACUUUGUGUGGGUGUUGGACAAAGGACAGCAGUUUGUGUGUCCUUGUUGAAGCUGAACCUGAAACAAGAUUCCAUAAGGCUUACAGGAAAUAAACUCUGCUGGGAUGUUGCUGAAAACUCUACUGAUCACCAGUCUUCUUGUCUGCGUGAAAUGUCAAGAGAGCCAGAGCAUGACACUAGAGGAGAAGACAGUUAUCAGGGACCAGAUUAUUGAAAUGUUUGAUCACGCUUAUGGCAGUUACAUGAAAAAUGCUUAUCCAGCAGAUGAGCUGAUGCCUCUCAGCUGCCGGGGGAGAGUCCGGGGCCAGGAGCCCAAUAGAGGGGAUAUAGAUGAUUCUUUGGGGAAGUUUUCUCUCACACUGAUAGACACCCUGGAUACCCUGGUGGUGUUAAACAAGCUGGAUGAGUUUGAGGAUGCAGUGCGGAAGACCGUGACGGAUGUGCGGCUAGACAACGAUGUGGUGGUGUCUGUGUUUGAGACCAACAUCAGAGUUUUAGGAGGGCUUUUAGGAGCCCAUGUGAUGGCCGACCUACUACACCAGCGUGGGGAGAGGAUGCAGUGGUACCGCGAUGAGCUUCUACACAUGGCCAAAGACCUGGGCCAUCGAUUACUGCCUGCCUUUAACACCACAAGUGGCCUACCUUACCCAAAGGUGAAUCUGCGGUAUGGAGUCCUGAACCCCCUUUCACGCACAGGCACAGAAUCGGACACCUGCACAGCGUGUGCUGGAACAAUGAUCCUGGAGUUUGCUGCUCUCAGCAGGCUGUCGGGAGAGUCUGUGUUUGAGGAACAUGCAAGGAAGGCUCUGGAUGUCCUCUGGCAGAGGAGACAGAAGGGAAGUGACUUAGUGGGGACUGUUAUCAAUAUCCACAAUGAAGAAUGGGUCCGAAGAGAGAGCGGAGUUGGUGCUGGUAUAGACUCGUACUAUGAAUAUCUGAUGAAGGCAUACAUUCUUCUGGGAGACAAUGUCUUCCUGGAGAGGUUUAACAUUCACUACAGUGCCAUUAUGAAGUACAUCAGUCAGCCCCCCCUGCUGCUCAAUGUACACAUGCACAACCCCACUGUGAGCGUGCGCAGCUGGAUGGACUCUCUCCUGGCUUUCUUCCCCGGCUUACAGGUUUUGAGAGGGGAUCUGAAACCAGCUAUUGAGACUCAUGAAAUGCUUUACCAAGUGACCAAACAGCACAAGUUCCUUCCAGAGGCAUUCACCACGGAGUUUAGAGUUCAUUGGGGCCAACAUCUACUGAGACCAGAGUUUGCAGAAAGCACCUACUACCUCUAUAAGGCCACUGGCGACCCCUACUACCUCAGAGUGGGACAGUCCAUCGUGGAAAAGCUCAACGCCUACGCCAGGGUGCCUUGCGGGUUUGCUGCCGUGCAAGAUGUCCGCACUGGGAUGCAUGAAGACAGGAUGGACUCCUUCUUCCUGGCUGAGAUGUUUAAAUACCUGUACCUGCUGUUUUCGGAGAAGAGCCAGCUGCCGAUCGAUAUCGAUGACUACAUUUUUACCACUGAGGCCCACCUUCUCCCAGUGUCCCUCUCCAUCACACAGCCACCCUGUCAAGGCAACAUCACCGAGACUGUUCCUGUUUCCCAAGAAGAAGAUAUGUUCACACACU